AUGAGUGUGGUUGCUGUAUUGGUUGCUAAUAUUAUUACUAUUAAGAUUGAUAUAGGCAAAGCAGAUACCAUGGUGAGUGGCACCGUCUUUUGCGAUCAAUGCAGAGAUGGCCACGUUUCACUUCUUGACUAUCCCCUUGGUGGUCAUAUUGAUAUCAAUCUUGGGAUUGAUAUGAUCAUAAUCAUCAUCAAUCUUGGGAGUACAGGAGUAAAAGUAUUGAUGGCUUGCCCUGGGGAGCUUGGGGACUUCACAUUGUUGCGGGAAGAAACUACAAACUGGUUGGGUACUUUCACGACCUCUUUUGCAGGUACCCUCGACAUGAGUAGUUGUCGUGCACAGGUUUCCGCCAACGGCCAGGGCUGUGGAGCUGCUGCCGGUCCUGCCCAGGAUUUCAGGCUUAGAUUUCGGAUGUUUGAUACUGAAACCUAUACAGUCGAUCCCUUGAUUGCUCAGCCGGCCCAGCCUUCCCCCUUCUGCCCCCGUCCCUCACCCUUACCACCACCACUACUGCCACCUCCUGUCAACCACCUUCUACCUGCUGCUGACUGUCCGCCACAGCAGCCCCCACUCCCCCUCAUACAGUUUCCGCCACUACCUCCUUUGCCUCCCUUGCCCGCAUUGCCACCAUUGCCUCCUUUUCCCACCUUGCCUCCGAUGCCGUCGGUGCCAGCCUUCGAAGCCUCAGCUUGUCCGCACCAGAUGUGGAUGAUGCCCCAACACAAAUGCUAUUGGAAGGUGUUGAGUCCGGACCUGAAGGUGGCGAUUGUUUUUGGACCGUUGGCUUCAAUGAAAUAUGGAAGAAACAUUACGUUGCAUGAAAGCAUGUAUGGGAGAGGGGACCCUUAUCGAACACUUUUAAGGGAAGGAACAACUGCUCUUUUGAACUCGUACAGUAGCAGCCAAUUCGUAUACCAACCUCAGGAUGUGAUACAACGUGUAAACUCGGCAUUGACAAGCGGAUCAAUACAACAGGUCCUUUUGACGGCCUUCCGGUUCAUAAUGGCAAAUUCGGGACAAACCGGAAAUGUUACUUGCAGAUUCACAGCUUGUGCAUGA